AUGGCAGCCAUGUUUCCUCGUUCCCCGCUCCUGCUUCAGGGCAAACCAGAAAUGCCCCCGCGAUUUGCAGUCUUCGGAGGUGACUGGCAGAUCCCCCUGCGGCUCCCCUCCCUCCAGGAGUCCGAGCCGGGGGCCCCCAUUCACACGGGAGACCCCCAAGGAUCGAAGAAGAUGUCAUUCAGAGAGUCCAAUCUCAUCGUGGGGAAGCAGGGAAGAGGCAACAACUGGGCCUACGGGUAUCAUGGCGUCCGUUCCGAGGGGGAGCAGAGCUUGUUCCACAGGACGAUGGAGAGCCUGAGGAGGGAGGUGGAGCGCAGGGACUACUAUGGCGGGACGGUCCUCUUUCACAGCCUCAGCGGCGGGACCGGAGCAGGCUUCACUUCCCGCUUGUGCGAAGCCAUCCGGGACGAGUACCCCCCAGGACACAUCCUGGCUGUCUCGGUAGCGCCUCACCAAGCCGGCGAGAGUCCUCUCCAGCACUACAAUGCGUUGCUCUGCCUUUCCUGGCUCCAGAGGUAUGCAGACGGCAUCCUCCUGUUCCAUAACGAUGAGCUGCUGAAGCGCGCGGCAUCCCUGCAGGAGAAGGUCGCCGCCGAAGGCGAGCAGCAGGUCUCCCUCUCCGCCAUGAACGCAUACGUCGCUUCUUGCCUCGCGGGGCUUCUCUACCCACUCCGGAUUUUCACAGCACAAAGUGGGAUUAGCCUGGGCACGGAACCGUGGGAGCUCCUGAGAGCCACCUGCCCCGUGCCGGCCCUGAAGUUCCUGCACACAGCUCAAGCCAGCACAAGGGGAACCGUCUUCUGGGACAGCCUGGCGUCUUCCGUGACACAGUCGACUCCUCGCGAGUCUCCCUCGGGGCACCCCCACUGCAGCUCAGGGCUCUUGGCCGUGGCCCGCGGCCCCCAGGAGGACUGUUUCCUCGUCAGCUGCAUGCCCGUGCUGAAGAAGUUGAAGCGGGCUUACCGCUGCGUGGCCUGGAAUCCCUUCCCCACCACUUACUGGACAGACCCAGUCAGCGUCGUGGCCAGAGGCCACGACAGCCACGCCUUGACCGUCUGCACCAACCACAGCAGCUCAGCCGACCUCCUGCGGCGGGUGGAGCAGCGAGCCCGGCUGAUGUACGAGAGCAAGGCCUUCCUGCACUGGUAUCUGCGGCACGGCUGCGAAGAAGGGGACUUCGAGCAGGGCUUCGAGACGCUCCGCUCCGUCGUGGAGGGAUACGGCCAUCUCGGGGAUUGACCCGGACACCCCGGAAUGUACACAGCCACACUCUGCGAGCGCACAGCCGGGAGGGGGCUCGGCCGGGAGCGGUGCUCUGCCCAUGUAUGCUGAUCCAGCAGGGCAGCACAACGGCAAAACAGAGUCGGCUUGAUGCAGCUGCUGCCCGGAGCCUAGUAAAGUGAGCAGGAGCGGGCCAAACUCUUGCGUCCUCCUUGUCCGUUUUCCUAGGGAACA